AUGUCUACCGGCAAAGAAGAACCACAAGUCAACGCGGUCCCGCUCAACAACGAAGAGCAAGUGUUUCCUGACCCUCAAUGGAGAACAGGAAUGAGAGCCAGAUUCCCCUGGAAUGGAGCCAUAGCACUGUUAAUUGUCAUCCUAUGCGCGAACAGCUCGCUCAUCGUGCUGCUUGUCUCUGAUAACAAGAAGCAGAAACACUGGGCAGAGAAGAUUGGACCCAGUGUCUUACUUUCCGCUUUCAACGGCAUUGCAAACAUCGCUUUUGGAGUGGCUAUUGCGAACGGCGUCGCCAUCACAUGGUGGAGAAAAGCUCUUAGAGGCGCCACCAUCAAGGAGCUCCAUCGUUCUUGGCAAUUUAGCUCGAGCAUCAAGGACAUUCUGCUCUAUGGCAAAUACUUCAACUUCAUCGCCCUGGCAGCUCUUUCUGCGAAGCUCACCAUCAUUGACGGUAUACUGCUGCAAAAAGCUGCUGGGGUCGGUCGCGGUGAUGAUCCCGCACGCAAUCACACGCGUGAAUUCUACAUCAACGAUACGAUGCCCUUCACGGGGAUCAUUGGCGAUCGAUCUGGAAACGUAUCAACUUUGUUCGAUACAUUCAGUACAGAUGUCAGUGACUGGUCUCACAACGAAGGCAUGUUCGGCAGCAAUGGGUUUGAAUGCGAUGGAAUCUGCUUGUCAGACGUUUCUGGUGCUGGAUUCGGAUUCGAUUGCCAGAGCGAAGAGGUUGCUAUGGACUAUGGGGCUGCUGUCUCCCAAGAAGUAACCGCAAUGUCCCAAUCCGACAACCCGUCAUCUCUUAACGUUACUGGCGAGCGUACCCUUUUCGACAUCACAUUCCAAGUCAUCUACGGCGCUACUGGAGUCGAUGGCGACUAUUCAAGGAUCAUCAUGAACCUUACUUCAACGAACGCAACCGCAUCCGCAAGUAACUCGACCAGUUGUCCAGGCACAGUCACCCGACAUAGUUGCAUCCUUCGACCUGCCAUUAUUCGCUAUCCUGUGACCGUCGAAGACACCACUAAAUCAGCAGAUUCCGAUAAUCCCAAGUCAAAUCUGUAUCUUGGCUACAACACCACUUAUUACAAUGGUCAAGUCUGGUACACAGAUAACUACACUGAUGGAUAUUAUACCGCCGAUGACCAGGAAGGUCGCAAAGAGUACGAUGUGAAGUUGAAUCAGCUCAAGAAUCACCACGUCCUUUCUUACAAGGAUAUCUUAGAAGACCAUUCGGUCUUUAUCGAAAAUGCACCGACCGUCAUUGGAGGAUUUGCCAGGGUCUUCAAGCGCUUCUUCGAAGGAACAAGUACCUUGCAAUACAGUCGCGGAGUAUGGUCAGUGGCUCAGAGCGGAUCAGCCGAUAUGAAACCCUUUACCUUCGAUAUGAUCGCACGCAACGGGUCCACAGGGUGUGACUUCAACUUCGGCGACCCAUUGGAUUACACGAUACGGCAGAUCAAUCUACUAAUGUUUGCUGUGGCCUCUGAUGCAUGGAGUAAUGGCUGGGACAUCAACAACUACACCAUCACCAAAGCAGUCAACGUUACACAGUACAGCAGGAGCAUUCACUACCAGACCAAUCAUGGCUUCAUGUGGGGAGCUCUGGCUUCGAUCCUUUUCUGCGUUCUCUGCGUGCUUCCCAGCUACUGGGGUUACUGGCAACUCGGUCGCGAUGUCACUCUCGGGCCCUUCGAGAUCGCCAACGCUUUCCGUGCUCCUGUCCUCGAUCAUCCAAGUGCGGCCAAUGCUCCAGUCAAACAACUCAUUCGAGAAGUCGGUCAGAGGGAAGUCAAGUAUGGAGCAAUGAUGCAAGGCGAUGCUUCGAAUCGCUUGGCCAUCGCUGAGCCUGAAGCCGUAAGGAGAGUACAUCCGAGAAUCAACGAUCGAAGGAUGUGA